AUGGAAAAACUGACUCAUCUGGAAGCUCUGCAGUUUGCUGCUGUGCUGGAGGAUUCUGCUGAGCAGCUCUCAAUUCUUGGAUACAUGAUGCCAGUUCCAUGCGAGAGCAAGGCAGACACCAGCCAUACUGGCAGCCAGGAAAUGAAAGAAGUCACAGGCACUCUGAAAGAGCUGGACACUAAGCACCAAAAGCAAGGGAGUGGUGCAACAGUUGCCUCCAAGUCUCCGAAAAACAUCAAAGAGAAGCAGCAGCUGCAGAAAACUGGAGAUCUAAAAAGUGCCUCUCGUCUUCCCAGUGGGGCUAUGAAGCACAGACCUCUGCCUGUAGAGCAUCUCAGAAAAAUUCAGGCUGACAGGCAGUAUGCAAAUGAUACAAUUACAGCCACCAUGAAAGAGAUGCAGGAAUCAGGAACGUUUAAUACCCUGACAGAAGCUGUUGAGAGAGAGAGAGCAAGAAAGAACAAGAUUCAGGAUCUCCUCAUCAGGGAGGAGGAAGGAAAGAAGGAGAUAAAGGCACUUAAGGAACAGCUGCAGGCUGUCAAGAAAGAAACUGAAAUAGAACUUAAGAAGAGAGAUACAACCAUUGCUUAUCUCAUGGAUGAGCUCCAGGAGACAAAGGCCAAAGCAGACAUGGAGAUCAGCUACAUGAAGAAGAGAACAGACCUCCAGAUCCACCAAACCAAGAAGAAGUGCAGCAAUGCAGAGAAUGCCCUGGAUGAGGAAAUUCAGAAGCUGAAGAGCAAAACUGACAAGGAGAUCCAGGUCCACAAUGAGGUUGAAAAUUUCCUCGGGCGACGCUGCAAGACACUGGUGGAGAAGCUGGAAUAUUGGGCAGACAAGUAUGAAAAUGACAUGGGUGCCAAAGAUGAAGAACUGGAUGCCCUAAAAGCAUCAAAGGCAAGCAACUUGGAAAAACUGCAGAAGAUUGCCAAGGAGUGCCAGGUGUUUGAGGAAACCAUCAUCAGUGACCGGGCAGAAAGGGAGGCUAGAAAGAAACAACUGGAGCAGGAUGCCCUGGAGCUGAAGAGCAUCCUGAAGCUGCAGGCCUGGUGGAGAGGCAUAAUGGUCCGCAGAAACCUUGGCCCCUACGAGGCCCUGAAGAAGUUGAAGGCGAAACACCUAAAUCAGAAAAAGGAUGGAGAAAAGGAAAAAUCAAAGAAAAAGUCAAGAUAA